AUGGUCCUGCUGCUAGGCAUGAGACAAUUUGUCAGGUACAAAUGUUGCCUGUUUGAUGAGGAGUUGUGUUCCCAUCUGGAGCACUGUGUAAACGAUGGACUCUUUGGGCACUGCCAGGUUUCUAAUGUACCAGCCAGGAUCCAGUUUGACGUAUCAUCUGCCAUCCUACAGCGUCUCCAGCAGGUUUUGAAGCACCUGAUGUUACAAGGGUUGUCAUGGCAAGAUGAUGUCACCCAGUAUGUGGUCUCCAUGGAGAUGGAGAAGGUACCAAAGCUCCACCCCCAGCAGCAUCACUUGACCGGUGUACCUCUGGCAGAGACAAGGUACUGAUCACUUUGGAGAAAGUGAUGGCGAGAGAGAGAGGGCAUUCCACACCAUCAUCAGGACGCGAUCCAACUCCCCCCACCGUUAGGGACACUUGAUACAGACCCGCCCAAAAACCUCAGAGUCUUCAUCUUCCAAACCGUGAAGAGCUGGCUCUUUGGCAGAAGCUCUGUCAACUUCACACCCCAAAAAUCCAGCUCACUGGAGAUUCAUCCCCAGAGUCUCGGUCAAGGGUUAACGCCCCCCCCUUGAUUUCUGUGCUGUUUUGGUGGUGGGGUGGGGCACGUGCAAUGUUACCAGGAGUAAGAAAGGAGGAGAGGCUACAUUUAUACAGCACCUUCUGUGAAUUUGGGAUGUGCUUUGUGCCCAGUGGAGACAGAUGGAGUGUCCCUGUCCUGAUUUGGAGAUGCGGUGUUGGACUGGGGUGUACA